AUGCAGCGGGCACUUAUGGAUGGAAAACCAGCACGAUCAGUUGAAUUAAAUGACUGCGAAAAGGAUGCUGUGAAACAUCUUUGCUUGCUGACUAUGAAACCAAUCUUAUAUGUGGCUAAUGUAGCAGAACCGGAUCUCGCCGAGCCAGGAAGUAAUCCCCAUGUUAACGAAGUGAUGAAUCAUGCUUCUGAAUUGCAAUCUGGAAUUGUAACAAUCUCCGGAAUCAAAAGCAUGGAGAAUACUUGCAGGCAGCUUCAGCUGUUUUGGUGUUUGAUCCGAAUGACUGCUCCUCAAGCUACCGGAGUCGUUCACUCUGAUUUUGAGAAAGGCUUCAUUCGUGCCGAGACGGUAGCGUAUGAUGAUUUUGCUGCGGCCGGUUCAUUGUAG